AUAAAAGGUCAUUUUUUUAUAUUACCUAUAAUAUAGUUGUUUUUCAAGAUGACUGACCCAAAUUUUAAAAAUUGAAAAAAAAAAAAUUGUUUGUGCUGUCAAGUGAAUGAAUUAAUCCAAACCAUCCUAUCCACUAGAAAAACAAUAUAAUACAAUAUAAUAUGAGUUUAAAACAAUUUUUUUAAAGAGGGAAUUUAAAUUGUAUAUCUUAUCAAUUUUUUGGGGUUUGGAUGCACGUCUGUGGUUGUAAUCUUCAUGAUAUUAAUUCAUUAUGCUAGUAUUUCUUUCAUAAAACAUCCACUGUUCUUCGUUCGAGUCAAUUCAAACUAACGAGCAUUCGCAACUUUGUGUAUGUCAACAAACGUAAUUAUUCAAGUCUUCUGAUCAGUAUUGUCAUUUAAUUAUGUGAUUAAGCUCAAUAAAAAAAUAUAUAGAGAUAGAAAAAUAUUUCAAAGUUUAUUUCAGUGAGAAUUUACAUUAAAACAGUUAGAUUUAUCUCUGAAAUGAAUGAAAUCUCUAAAUUUUUAUGUUUUUAUUUAUGGUUAUUUUAAAUUUUUUUCAAUUAAAAAUCUUUGUUUGAAUUAUUAGAAUAUAUGAUGGCUAAUUCAAUAUAAAUUCAGAAAAAAUAAAGAAUGAUAAAAUAUUGAUACAUGUACAUGUACCAGUACUCUUGUUUAAUGUAACGGUAAACAAGUAUACUAAUACUUAAUAACGUCACAGAAUUAAAAUUUCUGUUUGAUGAUUUCUGUUGUUUUAGUGUAGGAAAUGAUACCUUAUAGAAUAUUGAACUUGAUUUUAACACAUAGACAUGUAUGGAUCAAUUUAUCACAGUUCCAGCAGUACCUGGUCUUGUAAUACCAAGUGAAAGUAACUUUGCUCAUGAUAACUUCCAAAUGAAAUGGGCUGCGCCUGUCAACACAGUGGUCACCAAAUAUGAAGUAACACUGAAUGGCACUAGAUAUAGUACAAUGAGUAAUGAAACAUUGUAUCAAUUCACUGGGAAAAUUUUCGUACCUGGAGAGUCGAACAUCAUUAGCAUUGUAACAGUGAGUGGUACAACGUCAGAUAUUUUCAAGAAAAGCUCAGAGCAUACAUAAUGGAUUAGAACCACACCAACCAAUAAGAGGAAUACUAAUUGUAUUGAUAAAAUGUAGUACCUAAAUCAAUGCAAAAAUGUGUUUUGUGAAACCAACUCAUUUGUUCAUUACAUUUCUCUAAGUUUGACUAUUAAAAACAAAGUAAGAAAUUAAGAAUAAUAAUGCAAGUUUACUAGUUUUUUUUAUGCUCCUCCCCCCCUUUGGAAGAAUACCUAGGUCGGGUUCGAUUUUGGGUCCGAUCGAGCAAUUUUUUCAUAGAGUUAUACCCAAAUGAUUAAGAGAUAUUCCAAUUGUUUGCAGUUUCCUUUCAUCUUCUUCGCAGAGGUCUUCAAUGAAGGGGGCAUUAGUGUUUCACAAACGUCUCUUGUUAAAAUAGAAUUGUAUAUUAUUGUUUUAUAAGUGUUUGUGGAUUUUUUGUGCAUUAGUUUAGUUUUUGAGAUCCACAAGAAUGUAGUGAAAUACAAUAUCUAGUAUAUGUAAUAUAUAAAGAGGAUAUCUAUAUUGUGUGGGUUUAAUUUACUUGAUCCAACGAGUUGAAAUGGUGUAUAUAUUCGUGUAUAUAGGCUUGCCGAGGAAAUAUAACCAUUUCAACGAGUUGGAUAAAGCAAAUAUAAAAUCGCUCAUCCAUAGAUGUUCUGUUUAUCUCAUGCAUUUUGUUUUAGAUUAUGAAGCUUUUGAGACAGCCCCUUAUAUGACCCGAAUUCCUUUUUUUUUUUUUUUUUUUAGACUAAACGAUGAUACUACGUUGUGUUAUGCGGUUUUCGUGACAUUGCGCAAUACAAUUUAGUAAGUCAUUUCAGAGAUAAAUCUAACCAAUAAAAUGUAAAUUCUCGCUGAAAUAAACCUUGAAAUAAUUGUCUAUCUCUAUAAUAUUUUUCAUUGAGCUUAAUCAAAUAAUUGAAUGAACAGAACCAAAGCCACCCACUAAUUGACAAUGUCUACAGAGUCCUCUGGAUAUCUCUCUUAAGAUAUCAUGGACAGCUCCAACUGAACCCAAUGGCCUCAUUGUUAGGUAUCAGAUUAAUGUCAGUCCAAGAAAUCUACAAAUCUACACCUCGUUAAAUGAAAAACAUAAAAAUGUUGAGGGCCAAUUAUCAGGUAUAACUUGAUAAAAGGGGAAAUUUUACUUCAAAAGUAUAAAAAAAAAUCUGGUCGACUUAAAACUCUCUCCGAUUUCAGGAUAUUUGUGUAGUUCCAGUGUAACAUCCAGAGUAUGACAAUUAGCAAUCAAUUCAAUUUUUAAACAUUAUGUUAGACAAUUAUUGUAGAAUCCUGCAAACUUUAUUUGCAAGCAUUUUCCUCGCAUAAGUAAGUUCACCCAUUUUAAUCGUCUUUUAAGAGAUUGCUUCAUGUGCUAUAAUGAAAAUGUUAAAUCUUAUUUGCACUUUUAAAAAAUAUAAUUUUGACACAUUAAGAAUAUUUUUUUUUUGACAAACAGAUUGAUUCUUGAACAUAAUGAUCUUUAAAAUUUCAUAUCAUAGCUAAUUUUCUUUUAUUUUGUAGAACAAAUGUAUACCUUUACUGUACGUACAAUCAAUGAUGCUGUUGAUAACAUCAGUGAACCAAGCCAACCACUAAGCUGUACAACAAAAGCUGGGAGUAAGAUUUAAAUCUUCUGUAAAGUGGCUUUAGCUUAAAAUCAUGUAACAUGCAUCGUCGCCUUUGUGGCUUCCAUGAACUUGGACACAAUUUCUGUCAUGCCCUAUAUGCUGACCAUAGAUUGAGGAACUCUUAAGUAUCAUUUUUUCGACUUCUACUCUACCCUUCAAAAUUUUUAUCCUCUAACCCCUAGAGGGAACCACGUUCUGUUAUAUUGGAUAUAAUGAGGGUUUUUUUUUUAAUUGAGUUCAGGUGUGCCAGAGGCUCAAUGAAACCUUUUAAGAUCAAUCUGUUUUUGAAUUCCUUCAUUAUUGGUGUCUGAAUUUUUUCACAUGUUGAAUUUUGAAAUUUCUACAUGCCAUUUUCCCUUUGAAUUUGUAACUGUAUCCGAAUGUUUGCUGUGAUUACCUACAAUAUCUUAUUUUUAGCAUUGUACAUUUCCCCAAAGCAAUAUGAUUUACAUUCAUAAUUAAUAUACACAAAAUGUCCUUGUCCUAAGAUGCUAGGGAUGGGUGGAAAUAUCACUCUUUAAGUAGGUAACAAAUUUAUGAUUGGGUUCUCUGAAUUAUGUUGAAAGAUAGCUCCUGCACAUUUUUAAGAACGGCAAAGAUCUUCGACAAAGGAUUCUUUAAAUUUAUUCUGUAUAAUUAUAUGAAAUUUUGAAAUACUAGUAGGUUUGUUUCUUUAAAAAUUAUUAAACGUUAGAAACUGUAAUGUACAUAUCAUUACAUGUACAUAUUCAAAAACAAGUGAUAAAUUGUACCUCUUUUAUUCACAGUUUAAUGUGACCUAUAUUACACUCUUUUAUAUCGAUAUUUUUGUCGAAAUCGAAUAUAAUUCCACCUUGUCCAAAUCUCAGAUUAAAGAAUGAAUAAAAUUAAGGGUAUCGACAUUUAGUUAUUUUUUUUUUAUCACAGUACGUCACAAGAAGGCAAUUGUAUCUUCAGUGAAAUUGUUUAUAUGACCAAUUUGGGUAAUAAAUGUCCAUGUAUCUCUGUAUUGCAACAGGAAUAGCUUCAGACUACUAACCUGAUAGUGUUUAGUUUGAAUACAGCAACUAGCUAUAGGUUCUUUUAGCGUUUUUUAAAAGUGAUGAAUUUUUAUGAUGAUGUGUGAGUCGCCACGACAAAACCAGGCUGUUGAGUUUACGUCAUAAUCGAGAAAACGGCGCUGAAACAAAACGUCAAUCACGUCGCGUUUUUUUUUUAAUAAAGAAAAAAGAAUGACACAUUUCCCAUAAUCAUUUUGUACAUUUUUAAAAUGAUUUCUAUACAGAACUAUGUCGAUUUUAAUUAAUAAAUUAAUUAUGAAUAAAAUAAAGUCAAUAUUAAAUCUGUGUUACACGAAGAAAUUCAAUUUUACGACAAGAGUUAUGUAACUAUAAUUGAUAUAUAUACUGUGUAUCGAUUGAUAGUGAAAGCCAAGUUGUAACGUUACAAGUAUUUCGGGUUUUUCCAUGGUCCUUGACAAAAUUAAUGCUCAGUAGUCAAAUUCCAUCAUAAUUUAAGAUUUCGGCGAAAAACAUCGUGUAAAACAGUUAGGUUUAUACGAUAUAAGAGAAACAAUUUUAUACGCGAAUGACAUCCCGUAUUAGUUAUCGGACGUAGUAAAAACGAAAGUAUAACCAUUUCAAACAAUCGGCGGGAAGUCCCACAGAUCGCAGACGAACAUUGACAGCUACGCUGAAGUAUAGAAGAAUGAUAAAAUAUUUAUUAUGAGCCAGUCAAGCAGAGUGUUCGACGAGAUAAUUUGUCACCAAGAUGAACCUUUUAUCGAUGAAAUCACAUCUUUGAAUGAUUUAUACUUCGGCAAUCAUACCGAGUGUGUGCCAUUGUCAUCGUCCGAAGACGAGGAAGAGGACAGUGAGACUACAGACAUCAGUGUCCGUAAUUAUACAGAUUCUACAUAUAAUUCAGAUUAUCAACACGAAUUCGAAUACAGAACUGUCGACUUAGACGAAGUUAAAUUUGUCGGUGUAUUCAAAACAAAAACAUGCGGUUGCAGUACAUUGUAUGGUUCCCCAUGUAGUACAAAAAUCGAAUUCGACCACAUGCUAGAAUACAGACACCAGUGUCAGGAAAUGUCAAGUGAGGAAUUAGAUCUAACAGUGAAAGUUCAACUUGCUGCAAACAGGAAAUCUAGUACAUACUGGCCCCAGUCUACAGGUAAAACAAAAACAAAAGAGGGAUAAAGAGUAUCACAAAAGUACUAUUUUGCUGGUCAGCAAGUAUGUCGAGAUACUUUUCUUUUUUGCCAUGGCAUAGAGAAAUUCAAGCUUAACAGCCUAGCUGCAUCGCUGGAUAAAGAUUGCCUAAAACCUAGGAUUCAUGGAAACACUGGGAAAACCCCUAAACAUGCAAUCAGCCUUACAGAUGUUCAGCGUAUAUCUCAGUUCUUGAAAGAAUAUACAUUUAAGAACGGACUCCCACUGCCAGGCAGACAGCCAAACUACUCAACCCGUGGUGACAAAGUCCUGUUCUUGCUUCCCUCUGACAAGACAAAGUCUGAUAUUUGGGAACUUUAUAACCAAGCAUAUGCAGCGACAAUGCUUAAUUAUAGGUAUGUGUGAUUCUGUUUUAAUAAAAUUGUUAAAGUUAUUUGAUGUUCUCGUGCUGAACAAAAACCAAAUAAUGUAGUGCAUAUUUUGUGGGUCUGAUGAGCAUUUUAAAGUGUGUUAUAAUACAUGAUGCACAUGAUGUCUUAAAACGAAUUAACAUUCCUAAUAAUUACUGGUACUAAUGAUAUACAUAUUUGAUUAAUAGUAUACAUGUCCAGAAAGUUUUGUAUUUAUGAGAACAUGAAAUUGAAAACUUUAUGGUAGUCUUCAAAACUAUGCAUAAUUAGGUUUGUUUUAAAUGACAGACAAGUGAACUUAUCUGAGUUCAAGAAAGUUUGGUUCGAACAAACACCACACAUCCUGAUUAUUAUGCCAGCUACUGAUUUGUGUCCAAAAUGCCAGAGAUAUGUUCAUAA